AUGGGAGGCAAGUGCAUUGCCCAGACUUUGGCCAUGGAGGAUUUCAUGACGGAGGAGGUGGGGAUGAAGCAGCUCCACCACAAAUACUUCGUUCAAGGCGUGAAGGCCUUUGAGCUGACGAAGCCUUUGUCCGACUUUCCUGCUGACAAGGAGCUAGUUUACAAAGGUGUGGGCCAAGACGGUCUGCCCUGCUCCUUCAAGGCAUCUGUGAGUGAAAUCCUGCAGUGGCAGUCUUCGUUUCGUACCUACUAUGCCUCGGACAUUUAUGUGGGCGAGGAAGGCAAAGACCUUGUGAGCCAAUCUCUGCAGGGAAAAUCCGAGGCAGGCGAAGAAGCCUGGAAGAUGAAGUUUGCCAUCAGGUGCAGCACGAACCCGGUGAUCAUGCGCUUUGAUGGGCGCGUCAUCGCACGGGAAGUUGGAGAUCCAACCUUGACGCGGAUCCAUUUGGUGUCCGUCUGCGGUAUUGACUUUGCAUCACGGGUACAUGACCAUGUGGAUUUGACGCACUACAUUAAGAACUGGAAGGAGGUGUACAUCUUUGAUGAAGAGGGCUAUCCCAGCGUGAAACACGGCCGUGACUUCGAGCUCAGCGGGACGCCUGCGCAGCUCAACGUCUCCAAGACCCUCUACGACUUGAAAAAGAUGUGCAGGUUGCGGCUGCGUGCUCAAGACGAUUUAGGAAUCCAGGUGGUGGUGGAGGUGGGCCUAGGGCUGGGCGUCUUUGCCGGUGACGCCCUCGGCAUUGGCAACAAUGUGCGCCAGCUCUCGGCUAUGGCGAUGCAGAAAGUCUUGGAGGAGGAGCAGUUCAAAAACAUUUGCCUUGUGGUGCUUUCCUUGCCCGUGUUCUAUCAGAACGACAACUACGACGUCUAUGAGAAGAUUUUCAGUCGUGAAGACAGUGGCUACCAGGGCACCGUUCCAGUUCUGUUGAUGGACCAGGACAUGCACGCCAUCGCAGUGGCAGCUGCUGGUUGCUUGCUGGCAUGA